AUGGCUAGUGCUAAUGCAGUUGCUGCUGAUGCAUGUGAAUCCAACCCAGCUUCCUGUGCAAAUGUUACCUGUCCAAACCAUUGCAGUUUGAAUGGAAUUUGUUUGGAUGGUGUAUGUCAAUGUUUAUCAGGAUUUUUGGGAUCUGAUUGUUCUGUUGUGGAUGCAAACGCUCAAUUUGCCUCCAUUAUCAUAGGAGCAGUUAUUUCUGUUGUGGUUGUUUUGGUGAUUAUAUUGGUGGCAAUAUUUGUCUUAUUUUACAUAGGUACCAAGCUGAAGAAAGGUUGGGGUGAUAAACACAGAACAAUACCAAGCAUGGUUAGUAUUGUGCCCACACUUACUGGAAAAGAUGAAAUACCAAUGGAUCAUGGCAAUAUUGUAAUGGACAAUCAACAUUACGGAACAGUUUUAUUCCACAAGAAAACAAAUCAAAGAACUCAAAAUACUGCUUAA